GGGCAUCUGGGUUUUGUGGAGUCCCUGGAGGGAGGUCUUGGUGUCUUUGAGGGGAGUGGGGGUCUCAGGUGUCUCAGGGGGGUCACUGGGGAUCUCAGUGGGUCUGGGGUCCCGCUGACCCCCCCUGCCCCCCCAAAAUUUUGGCAGUGGUGCGGCGCUGUUUGCCGGCGCUGAGCUCCCGCGAUGGCGUGCUGACGGUGGACAACGUCACCAGCUACGAGGACGGGCAGGGGCAGCUCCGAAACGUCAGCGAGCUGCUGCAGGGAGCCAGGAGCGCCAACGCGGUGCUGGAGGGGCGGCAGUUGGCCAUGCGCAUCUUUGAGGAUUACACGGUCUCGUGGUAUUGGAUCGUCAUAGGGUUGGUGAUCGCCAUGGCUGCCAGCUUGCUGUUCAUCGUGCUGCUGCGCUUCGUGGCGGGCGCCGUGCUGGGCGCCGCGCUGCUGCUGCUCGUCGUCGUGCUCGGAUACGGUGCGUGGGGACCCCCCCCCCAUAAAUCCCACCCGAGAGACCCCCAAGGCUUCAGAGCCUCCCGCAGACCCUCCCAAGAUCCUCAGGAGACCCUGAGACCCCCAAGAGUUCCGGAGACCGCCCUGAGAGGCCCCAGGGACCCUCAGAAGCUCCUUGAGACCCCCAGACACCCUCCAAGGACCCCCCUGAGACCCCCAAGAGCUGAGACCCCCCACUCACCCCCUCUGAGACCCCAGA